GUCAAGGAAUUUGCAAUGUUCGAGUCCUUGUAUACAUCUAAAGCAAAAACCGAUUUCAAACCCACCGUUCUUCCUAGUAUGACUAAAAGAGUAUCCAUAAGACCCACACUAUCUAAUAUAUUUAGACCACUCUUGGGCUUGGCCAGUUCGUCCAGCGAAUCAAAUCUAGAUUCCAAUCAGCAGUCAAUCCCAAUCAGCCCCGACGACGAUACAAUCCACAAUAUUAUUAGCAGCUAUUACGUGGCUCCAAAUACUGCAAAACCAAUUCAAUCCAACAAUGCUACAAUCGAUGAACAUAAAUCACCUUUUGGUCCUUUUUUGACUGGUCUACAAAAAAGGACUGUGAACAAUGCAGGAGUACCUGAUUUGGGUAUAUCUAAUGAUGCGACCUGCCAAUCAGACUCGUCUUUGCCUUCUCCACCCAUCCAGACACCUGUUCGUCGUCGUGCAACAACCAACACGGUCAACACUAGCCACUGCGCCAUUUCAUCCACUUCCAGUAUUGCGCUGGCGAAUAGUCUCGAAUACGCGACAAGCCAAUCCAAAGCUGAUACGCAAACUCCGCCAUUGACUACAAAGAAUGCUCAAGUGGUUCCUAUCGUUACAACUCUGACUCGAACCAGAUCUACAAAGUCUCCGCUUGCACCCAUAUCCCCCAAUGCAAUCCUGCCUACUGGAGACUUGGUUUUGAUGUGCAUCCCUUCAUCCACUUGCAUUGAUCCUCGCACAUCCUUUGCAGUCCAAGCAAAGCAUCUCAAAAUAAUCCAAGGCACAGAUAGCGAGGGACGCCAAGAAACCCGAAUUUCUUGCACCAAACCCAACUCGGUUUUAAAAUAUCAGUGCUGCAGUGUUCCCGCUUCCAUUGGAUGUUGUGGGCUUUGUGAUCCUCAUAAUUGGAUUUAUCAAGGUUCGGAAUACAAUCCAGUCAUUUCACGACUUUACGCUAAUAUGGAUGGAUGCAUUCCUUCCUCGGUAAAACUGACUGCCCCCAAAUUCAUCAUUCCGUGGAGGUACAAGAACCGCAAAACAGGUGCUGUAAGCUGGAAAAUCAUUCACAUGUGUGGUGACAAUAUUCAAGACGCAGAAUGUGAGACGAUUGUGGUAAAUAUAUACCGUGAUGAUAAGCUGAGGAAAUUACUCGAGAGUGUAGAACGCGAAUCACAAAACCUGCGUGAUGCAGAGCUUGUUGAGUAUAUUCUGGCAGUGAUUCAAGAGUUGAUGGGAACCUAUGGUUUACCAGGUGGAGCAACAAGCACACAAGCCGAUACAAGCUUGUUUAAUCAAAUGCAGCAACAGGGACAUAAUUUUAUGCUAUUGAUGGAUAUCCGUAUUGGAUUGUGUCGUCACAAGGCAUUGUUGUUCAAGAUUCUUGGUGACACGACUGGACUGGACUGUGCCUUGGUUACCGGUUACAGUACAGGCGGACGACAUCAAUGGAACGUUGUGACAUUGUCUGAUGGCGAAUCCUACAUUAUUGACCCGACUUCACCCCAUUUUACUUGGACCAAGCAUGGUAGCUACCGUACAAAAGCGUAUCGAGUGUCUGCUGAUAUGUCAUUUGGUCAUAGUGGUCUGACGCUUAAGAUGAAGGGUGUUAUUUGAUAACAAAGUAGUAAUAAUAAACAUAGUUCAUGUGGUAUGUUGCCAAAUCUGUAGAU